ACAUAUGGUUUGCUUAAAAAAACAAAAAUCAAUGAAACAAACUGAAUCUAAUUGGAUUAAAAUUCUAGAACGAAAUGCAAUCGAAGAAACAAUUGCAAUUUGUUAAAUUACCAAAUGAGACCUUAUUUAGUGCGUUACAAGUUCUUGUAUAGAAAUCGUGCCCGCGUUCGCUUCGAAUGCCAUUCAUUAUACCAUUAUGAAUAGUGAGUACUUAUCACAGUUAACAGACGACCAAAAUAAUUCCUGCGAUAGUGACUACGAGUUUAUAAGUCGCAAUUCUUCACGCGAAAAUAGUGACUGUGAAUUGGAAGGAUAUAAGAAAAUUAAAAGUAAAUCGAAUGUUUGUGCAUCGUCUGUGUCAUCAUCAUCAGCGUCAUCAUCGGUUCGAAGACUUAGCAAACAUUUUGAUAUAAAUCAUGACGAAAAAUUAAAGCUUUGUCUUUCGCCCGAGAAAAUUUCCCUUCUAACGAAUUCGCCGAAGCGAAGUUCGCCGCGAGAAUUGUAUAUUGAAAGUCAAGAACAAAAGGCCAAUAAAAGUCGUUCUGUUGUACCAACGUUUACAAUAGUGCCGAUUAAUUUGGGCUCGGGAAAAGAAGAUUUGCAUCAGGGAAAGAAUGAGUCUUUGGUCAAUUUGCCGGAAAUCGUAUUGACUUCUUUUGAGGUAGCAGCUUCUGCUAAAAAGACUGCUGCUGGUAGUAGUAAUUGCUUUCAGGGAAAAACGGCAACGGCUAAGAGCGCUUGUGGUACCUCUUCAUCGUCGGUUUUUUCCAAUGGAUGUAUUCCGAAAUCUUUCCGAGGUACAAUCGUUCAACCUCCCACACCUCCAAUAGUCUAUCAACAGAAUGACCAAUCACCAUCUCCAGAAUCUACUCAAAUGAGUGCUGAUUCAUCACUUUCUAACCGCAGCAGUGAAACUUCCAAUGCUAUGGCGACUUUUGAGGAAAAACAACCAAAUUCAGCAAUAGAAGUUGCAGCAUUGUUGCAACAACAACCUCAACAGCAGUCCAAGAGCAAUAUCGAUUAUGGCCAGUCAAGUACGACACCGAUGGCAGUUAAUUGUGAACCGAUUCCUGAUGAUCUGCAAUGUGGAAUUUGUCAUGAAGCUUUUAAGGAUCCGAGGACAUUAUUUUGUUUACAUUCAUUUUGUUUUCAAUGUUUGGUAGAUGAGAAUUUCAAACAGGAUUCGAGUAUUCCAUUUUGGUCGCAACCAAAUCAAAAUGACUACGAUUGGAAAUCUACAACAAAUACAAGCUACAGCAUCAAGUCCAUCUCGGUAGAAUCCUCACCAGAAAUGUCAUAUCGCAAUGGAUCUUCACCCUCAACACGUCCCGAAAGUCGAUCAUCGUUUGCAAGUUUUCGUAGUAAGAAGAAGUCAACUGAUAAAAUAAAAAAUAAAAAUAAAAAAUCUGAUGUCCCAUCUCCUCAAAUCGAACGAUCUCGCAUAAUUAUUUGUAAGGAAUGCCAACAAUCAACUGAAGUGCCAAUCGGUGGUAUUCGUCAAUUACCACAAAAUUUUGUACUUGUUCGAAGGAUUGAAGCAAUCAAAUUGAAAAUUGGAAAUGAUGUUAUUUCGAAAAUUUGGUGCAGUUUAUGCUAUGUGGAAACUAGUGCAACCUUUCAUUGCAUUACUUGCACCAUAAACCUUUGUACUUUUUGCAAGGAAUCUCAUGAACGACAGAGACACACUGCAAAUCAUAGAAUCAAAAAUAUUAUCGAACUUCGUAAGAGUCGAAAUUUGAAGAAGGCAUUUUUGAAUGAUUCGAAUUUUACUAUUAAGUGUUCCAUGCAUCCUGGAUUUGAAAUGAAAGCAUUUUGUAGUUCCUGUCGACAGGUUGCAUGUACAGACUGUUUGCUCCUAUUGCACAAGGGCCAUAAGCAUGAAUCCAUUAACAAGGCUUUUGCAACUUAUAGCAAAAGCAUAAAGGAGUCCACUGAUCAGGCUCGACCUCUUUGUGACUAUGCUCAUCAUUCAAUUAGUCGAUUGAAUGAAAUAGCUAAGCGUAUUAAUAAUAAAUGUGACAAUAUACAAGCUGAUGUUGAGUCUUUUAUGAUGGCAUACACAGAAGCUAUAGAGCUACAUGGCAGAACUUUGAUUCAACAAAUUGGUCGAGCUAGAGAAUCAAAAGUUCAAAUGAUUGUCGAACAGCAAUUGGAUAUGGAAAAAAGAUCUCAUGAAGCUUUAGGCGCAGUAAGAUUUAGUGAAGAUCUUCUUGAAUCUGGAAAUCAAGUUGAGAUUUUAUCAUUUGUAAAUAUAUUGUUGAGUAGAUUUGAAUUUUGUCAAAAAUUUAAGCCACCAAUUGAUCCAAAGAUUUCAGAUACUCUUCACUUUUUACCUGAAGUUCGAGCACCUGCAUCAAAAAAUAGUAGAAAUAUUCCAAUUUUUGGUAUAAUUACAACACAAACUGUUGAACCAUCAUUGUGUACAUUGGAAACUGAAGGUUACACACAAUUAAGGGUGCAUCGCAAAGUGGAAAUGGUAAUUCUUAGCAGAGAUGCAGAUGGCAUGCCAUUGUGUCAUGGAGGUUUAAAAAUCGGAGUCCAACUUAAGUAUAAGGAGUCAUCUUCAAAAUCCUUACCAGUUGAGGUAAGCGAUCGUCGUGAUGGCAGUUAUGGUAUAAAUUUUGUCCCCGAUUCUCAAGGAACUAUGGUUUUAACAAUAACUAUAAACGACAAAAAUAUUAAAGGAAGUCCAUUUACAUUUGCUGCAAGAACUGUACGACCUCAUACUGGAAUUUUUCAUUGUUGUGCGUUUUGUUCCAGCAAAGGAUCAAAACAAGCUUCGUGUUCUUGUGAUGGACGUAUGCCAGGUUAUAAUGGUUGUGGACAUGGACAUAAUGGGCAUCCAGGCAGAAGACAUUGGUCGUGCUGUGGUAAUAUUUUGGAGAACUCAGAAUGCACUGCAGCAAAUAAGCUAUUGAAUCCUUAAAUAGUGGCUCCAAAAGUCAGUUUGGAUAAUGUAAUAUUUUGUUUAAAUGACAAUAAAGUUUUAGAAUACAAAAUAUA